AUUCUAUGUUUGAUGCUAAAUAUUGUGUUGCUUUUUUAUUGCAAUUUACGGCACAACUAACGGUAUAUUUGUCAAACCACCACCUAGCACCUAGCAGUGGCUGUGGUUGUAGGGAGCUAACGUAGCUACGGUGAUAUGUCGUCAAUUUGCCACAAUUUGAAUGUAAGUUAGUGUGUAACAUUAAUUUGGCUCCAACCGUACCUCAAUCCUCAUUGCUGGGGGAUGAAAUGAAUCAGCAAAACGAAUUUAACAGCUCUUUAAUAUUAGCUAACAGUUAGAGAGUGUGUGUGUGUGUGUGUGUGUGUGUGUGUGUGUGUGUGUGUGUGUGUGUGUGUGUGUGUGUGUGUGUGUCAUUGGUUAACGUUACAUUUAUCAAAGUAGGUGACAUUACACAGACACUUGUAACGUUAAUAUAUUGUCAGAUUUUUAGCUCGAUAUCAACCCCCCUAUACAACAGUUACCUCGGUAAUUAACCCAGGUGUGUUCACAUCACGCUAAUUGCUCUAACAACGAUGACCUGAGGGACAAUACGUUGGGUUUGUAUGUAACUUUGACACUUUUGGGUUUACUUUAGUGUUAAAUUCAGGUAACCAUAGAUAAGUGUGCUCUUGUGCAUUGUAACGGUCAUUCCUGCCCUUUAGUCCCGCUGUUUUUCAUCCGUUAACCGGUGUAAAGUAACUUAACUGGGAAUAAAAUGGUCUCAGAGAGGCAGAGCACCGUGUCGACUGUGGUAUAAAUCCUAGGGGCCCUCUGUCUGUCUGUCCUCUGUCUGUCCUCUGUCUGUCGGGGUCGGUUGUUCGUUUUGGCGGUUAUAGCUCACUUUAGAGCGGCACAGCACGCGACGGGGGAUUUAAAUGGACAACACGCGCUCUCGUAGCAACGCUGAUGAGCCAGCUGACUCUGUGACAAACUGCAACCCACAGUACAAACAGUGAGGACGACUCUUCAUCACUUGGCUUAUCUCUUAUCACAAAGUCGUUUGACAUCCUCCUCACUUGGUGAAUACUGUUUGGGUGCACGGAGGAGGACGAAAAUGCAGUGCACUCCUGAAUCAAAUGUCUACCCUGCCAGCUGCAAAGGCCAGCACUGUUAUGAUGAGUGCUCUGACAGUGGAUACUCGGGUUUAUUCCACAGCCCACAGAGCAUCAGUAGAGUUGACAGUUGUAGGUCUUUGUCUCCAGUAGAAUUUAAUGAAACACCUAAAGAGAACCUCAGGCUUUCUGUCACACCUAAGGAGAGGACCAGAGAACCAGUCGGCUUUUCCCGCAAGGACUCCAGGGGAAUGCAGGGGCCAUCAGCGGUUAGCUGGUGUGAAACUCCCAAAAGAGAUUCCUCAUUGCGACAUAGGCUUCUAAUGUGCAGACCCAGCCCAGCUAUCAAAAUUGGCAACACAAGAUCACCAUGCACCAGAAAGACUGAAUCCUCCAUCAGUGUCAGGUCUGAACACUGGCUCAGUGCAUCGUUUGACUCUUUAGACACUGUGACCGGGGCUUUGGCUUCAAGCACUUUAAAACUGGAGCAGGAUCUGCCACUGUCUGGUAGAAAACGCCGUCUCCUCUUCACGCAGGUGAGGACAUCUACUCUUGAAGAUGGUAAACUCAACUCUGGUUGCCUUUCCAGUUUUGAGAGAAGAGUUUCACUCUCAGAUGCAGAUUUCAGUGAACGCAUUUCUGCCUCUGAUCAAAAUAAUAUUGAGACUCUGUGCUUUAACAAAUUCCUGCCUACCUCAUCAAAGGAAAACUCUCAAUCACCAAUCACCGCUGGGGCAAAUAACCCAUAUGACAGCUCAAGUGUCUUGUGCACACCAUCAACCACACACACACCCAAAUACUUCAGGUCUGUGUCUGAAGACAGCGGUUUCAGUUCCCUGACCCUUGAUAAAUCUCAAGACUCCUCGGUGGACCAUGAUGGCUCAUUCCAGGAACUGCUGCUCUCUGCCUCCAGAGGAAAGUGUGAAACCCCAAAUCUGGCAGAGGCAAAACGGCGCUCCCGUUUGCAGCGUCAGCACAGGCUUUCUACACUUAAAGAAGGGGGCUCCCAGUCUGAGGAAGACCCAACAGAAAGAAGGCAUCUUCAUCAGUGCCACAGCCGUUCUAAAGAUGAUGAGGUUUUCGAUGACAGUGCCACCCCUCGCAGCGUCCUUUCUGUUAAAUGUGGUAAUGGCAUGGCCUCUGAUAGUUUGGCCUCUGCAAAACAAGACUAUACCACCCCACUAAGAGCAGCUACAACAAAGCCAGAAAAUGUGACACCUUUUAGCACAGCUCCUGCCAACCCAGAUGUAACUCCUCUCAGGACAACCCCAGUCAAUCUCUCUCUGACUCCAGCUUUGCAGCUAGUUCAUGCUAUGUGCCAGCAGAAAGCCCAGAUGUUUGUCGGCCAAAGUCCAAGUCUGAAGGAGCAGCUGAAGUCCACAGCAUCACUGACUGAGACCCCAGUGAUGUUCAGGACCACCAUGCCAUUGGCAGGGCUGAUCGGCAGGAAGAUGGGCCUGGGGAAGGUGGACAUACUUACAGAGCUGAAUAAGAGGAACCUCAGGCACAUCCUGGCUGUCAUACUCAGCCACCUGACCUCUGAGAGCAUCUACAGAUGUGGUCAGGUGUGCAAGAGCUGGAAUAAAAUCAUCCAACAAGACAAGCGAGCUAGUUUUAAGAGAAGAAGCCACCUGAGUGAACUGGAGGCUUCUCUUGAGCUUGGUGGUGCUGUCCAUGUCCCUGAUGCAGAGACUAGACUCGCUCUGCUUAAGAGGUCAGCCCUUAAGACUGUUCAGGCCCAGUCUAGGACCUCCAGCUACUGCACCCCGCAGUCAGGAAAUAGCACUUUAACCCCUUUACAGCACAGUGCCUUACACUCAGGCAGCAGCAGCAAACGGGACAAAUUCCUAGAAGUUGCCAAAACCCUCUUCAACGAUGAGUGCCUCAAGCCUUGCCCUCGGUGUCAGCAUCCUGCAAGGUGUCACUCAGUGAAAGGGGAAGGUGUGUGCAGCAGAGCUGACUGUGGUUUCCAGUUUUGCACAGCCUGUCUGUGUGCUUUCCACGGCUCUAGAGAGUGUGGCAGCCAGUCUGUAGGCCGACGCAAGAAGGACAUACUUCUUCCAGGAAGCGCUCAAAGCAAGCGAAACGUUAGGAGACUAUGAGCAGAAAGUGAACUCCAUUCCUGUUUGCUAUGCCAAAGUUACUUUUUUCUGCUUAAUGGCGAAUAUGAGGCUUAGCAACAAGGAAACUGAUUUGAAGCCAGUACAUGAGAGCAGCUUCUGUACUUAUCAAUGUGUCUUUGUGCCUGUCUAUGUACUGUAUUUCACCCCUUUUUUCAACACAGUUCUUACUUGUGUGUUUUUAAUUAUGAAUGUGAAGGAAGUCUCACCAGCAGUACAAUGAUUGAAUUUUGCUGUUGAUGUACUUUUCCAUUCGCAUCGAUCAAUUGUACAUACUUUUUGGAAUUUGAGAUUUUCAACUUUUACCAAUGUGUUUUCAGAGCAGUUUUAAAAUAAACUUGAUUUUUUUA